GCGAUGGUAGUUUUGACAAACCCCUGUAAUUGGGUGCACUGUGUGAGUUCUGCUUGCUCAAAACUCUGUGAGCCACGAUAGCUUUGUUGUCUGUCCUCGCUACGGAUUGGCUGGCCACGGGUGCGUUUGAACUGGAACAAUAGCAACAACAGUAGCAGCUGCAGUUGCCGUCGCUCGGAACAAUGAAAUAGGGAAACGGAACAGGAAGACGCAACAGGCCAGCGCAGGAAGGCAGUCCUGCAUUUCUCGCUAAACGCUUUUUUGGGAUCAGUCAUCUGACGUAAUAAAAGUGGGACAGCUCCACUAGAUCGUUGACAUUUUACACAGGCUACUUACGAAAUCCUAAUUGCCGAACUAUUGCUGAGACUUUUACGUGCCCGUGUCCGUGUCCGUCUCUGUUUGCCUGAUUACGUGCCCUUGGUGACUAAUAGUUGCUAGGGUAUGCUAAGCCAGUGCUUCAGUAGCUUUCUAGUAAUUCGUUCGUGAACAACUCGAAUAAGUUGCCGUUACUGCAAGGUGUUACAAUGGCCUAUUUGUCUGACGCAUUGUCGGUCGGUGCAUAUGUGCGUUUGUCGGCCCAUAUCUGUGUCUAUGUAAAAAACUCCAAUAGCAACAUUACCAUGCGCUGAAUGCAAGCGUUGCUUUCGGUAAAAUGCUAACAGCGCUAGACACCAAUCGUUCAGAAAUAUUCACGAGUUCGAAAAGUUGUUGCUGGCUAUUGGCUCCUCGGGCUAGACCAGAGUCGACUGGGGACGAGCAUGCACUCGACAAAAACGUUUCGCUGAAAACAGCAAAAACAACAACAACAAAAGGAGCAUUAUUAUCGUCGCACGCUCCGGGUAGGUCUCUACCCAGUAGAGAUGUGCAUGGCCAUUAUUCUUUAGACUCAGAGGAAGAAACCGCUUCUACUCUUCGGUCCUCACCCGCGUACUUCAAUUCUGGUUGGCGAGCGUUAAGGACACGCAUAGUCAUCGAAGAACCCCCAGGAACGACAGUAGCGACAACUCCAACGGAUGGUCGACGAAGCCUCGACGACGUUACCAAGUUUACCACAGUCGCCAAUCGCGGAAGCAGUGUAACUGGCAGCACCAACCCAGCAAACUUCUGGCAGACUUCAUCUACGAGUACUCAUAGAAAAACAAUCACUAAUAGCACAAUAAGUCCUACCCCUGAGAGCAUCUUCGGCACUACCAGCAACAGUAGUAGCACAACGAACCACAACAAUAACGACAAUAUUAGCAAGAGAAACAACGAUAAGAACAACGGCCGCAACAAGCGCUGUAGAAACAAUAGCAAACGACACAUCAACAUCGGUCAUUUUGACGGGAACAGCAGCUGUAUCACAAGAAGCAGGUGGCAUCGAGAUUGGGAAAAACACGUAGCAGGUAACAAUAAGAACACAAUGUCAACUUCAGGUGUUCCGUUUAUUACGACGCUAGGCUGUCCAGCCUCGGGACUAGCGCCCAUCCCGAUCUCAGUGUCGGACGUUGAUGUGGAGCUCGACUUGCCAGUAUCGUCCUUUGGGGCAGCCUGCCUGUCGCCUCCUUUGAGCCAGAACCUCAGCUCGAGUUCGUCCAGUCUCAACAGGCUGUGCGUUCCCGACCAGGGGUUGUCGCCAGGAAGCCCCCGCGAACGGAAGUUGAGUCUGCCUUCAUCCCUGCAUCAAAGAAGACCCUCGCUAAGCGGCUAUGCAGCGGCCGCGGAACACGCGCGUGAAAGCGCACGGCUACGAAAGCUGUCCAGCGUUGGGGCUUCAAUGUCGCACAGAUUAUCAACGAGUAUAGGUUGGAAAGCGGCACCAGUCACAACGGCAGAAAUGACGGAACAGGCCAAAGCGCUCUGUGGUCGUUACCUGCGAGCGAAAUUACGCUCAUGCGGGCCAAUGCACAAAAAACUAGGACUGCAACGGCUGAAAUCGGUCUCGAACAUGUGCUCAGGAUAUCCGACGAACGAUGUCAGCACCAAACUGAGGCUCAUCUGCCAGGAGUUGGAGAGGACGCAUCCCGAUACGUUUCAGACGGUUGUGGGCAACAUCGGUGUACAUUCUCUUCCAUCAGAGUCGGCCGUGCAGACUGUAUUUGAGUGCGUGGCAAGGGAACUUUUUCGAAACGACAUCUCCUGGGGACGAGUAGCAGCGCUUUAUUCACUGUCGGGCGGAUUAGCCAUCGACUGCGUCAAGUUGGGCCACCCUGAAUAUAUAAUGACCAUUGUUAACUCGCUCGCGUUAUUUGUGGAGCGAGACCUUGCGCAGUGGAUUGCCCAACAGGGCGGCUGGACCGCGUUAAUCAGCCGCUUUAAAACGGAAAGCACUCGUUCUCGUCUUCUCGAGGUCGGUCUGAUGUGCAUACUCGUCAUACUGGUCCUUAUCGCCUUGAAGCAAAUUAUCCUGCGAUGAACGAGGUCCAGUAAUCAUUGGAGGAACAUUGAACAAAAGUAAAAGAUAUACGUGAUAAUGAGAGAAAGCAAAAAAAAAAGAACGAAUCAUUGAAUUUGUAGAAAUGCUAACAGACAAUUAAGUGAGUGACGGCAGUAUCUGUGAUGACUGCAUGUUGUGCACCAUCAGCCGUCCAAUGUGGGCGCCUAUAAAAGCAGGCGUAAAAAGCUGCGUGUUGACACUUGCGUAAUCACCAGUUUAUUACGGGGAAUUGUAUCGAAAUCGUCUGAGGUUGGAGGGAAGUCAUACUGGUGCCAGAAUACUAGGGCGCAAGCAGUGGAGAGUGAGUAAAAAAAGGAGGCUUCUAGAACAGGAAAUACGAACGCGUACCGUACGGCGAUCCGUAGCGUACAUGGAGCGUAAAAUCUUUCGGCCUGAUUUCCCUUUUCAUGCAACUUGUGGUGGUAAUAAAAAUAAUCUCAUACAAUCAUCUAAUUAUAUUAUUAAGCUAAUUAGCAAGGUUAUAAUAAAGUAUUCUAUCAAGUCCCUAUGCGCUUGCUAAUAGGUGCAAAGUUAUGUGGAGGCCUUUCUCAAGCACUUCGAUAAAUUUCCAUAUACCUAUUUUAGACUAUUAAAAAUCGCCUAUGUUUAGCGGGAAAUUAAUGUGCUUCUGAAUAUUUUUAGCUGAAUCGGAAAAAGAAAACUUGAAAUGUUUGUUCUUUAUGGUGGUGGUUUAUGAAUAAUAUGACAGUGAAUCGAGUUUGACAGUGAGCUUGUUAGUCCCCUGUAGUUUCAGCACGUCGCAAUUGAUAGCUGAAUGCAAGCGAUUAUAAUUACGUCAGCCGUCAAUGGCGGCAAAUUUUCAAAUGAAUUUGGCUACUAAGUGUGGAGAAUGUUUCAGCUAACGAUUAUUCUAUUGACUGCAUGAUAUAACAAAAAAAUAAGUGUAUUAUUUGACAGUUAAUUAAUAUAUAACACGGGUGUGCAUACAUGGAUAAGCAUGCCAUAAAUACAACAGAAUAAGAUGGAUGAGCGUUAUAUGAUGUCGUAUGGAGAAUCGGAUGUAACAUAACAACGGUUCCUAAGAAAUCACGGCUUUAGCGUAUUAUAUUUAUCCAGUUAAAGUUUUCCAGUCCAACGGGACGCAUAACCUAAUAAUUGUCUACUAAAUAGACGGUUUCCUUAUGAGUCUCAGCUGCUUGUAGCAAAAGACAGGCAUUAAACAUGUUAGGUAGAUGAAUUCAAUCAAUAUUCAAUGAAAUAAAUAUUGGUUCAUUAAACGAUUCUGCAAGUCUUUAUUCAGAUCUAUUCAUCGAGUUGGAUGCCUGCGUCGGCAGCUCUAUAGUCUAUAUUUUUCGCCCUUAACCUUGUUGGAUCAAUUUGACUUUGGAUAUUCAUUCAGACACAAUCGUUUCACAGAUCUACAAAGAGUUUGAGUUACACCGCUGUAGUCAGCCAGGCGUGUCCACACAAAAUGAUGAGAGGGAGGCGUGCUACUUCAGUUCUACGGACUUCAAAGAAACACAGAACAAACUAAUCCAAACCUUCAAGGUUCUUCGGAAACCCUAACUACCCUGUCAGUUCAAGUUGCAACAGUCCUCGCGGACAGUUUUAUUACGAUUCUAGAAAGUGACAGACUUGUGAAUAGAUGUGGAGUUAUAAGAAUUACAGGAAACAGCUGUGAGUAUCCCGUAAGGAACAGUGUUUUAAGUUGGA